AUGUCAAAAAAGGUUAUAAUUGUUGGCGGACAUGGAAAUGUCUCUUUGCGGCUCGCCAAACUACUUUCGGCGACAAAAUCCGUCACAUCCAUAAUCAGAGAUGCCUCACAGAAUAAUGAUAUCAUGGAUGUAUCUGCAACACCUCUGGUCCUUUCUCUGGAGGAUUCUCCGGUUUCUGAUUUCACAAAAGCCUUUACAGGCCAAGAUGUUGUUUACUUCUCAGCUGGAGCGGGUGGCAAAGGCGGAGAAGAAAGGACGAAAAAGGUCGACUAUGAAGGCGCCGUCAAGGUCUUUGACGCUAUCGAAGGGGUAAGCAGCGCUAAGCCUAGGUUGAUCCUCGUAUCAGCCAUCGACAUUCGGGACCCAGAGAAGAUUCCUGCCCAUUACAAUGAAGAUGAUAUUGCCCGCUCUAAGAAAUAUAGAGAGGCUCUCAAGACAUACGUGCACUGGAAGUAUGAGGCGGACAAAAAUUUGACAAAACGCACUGCUUUCAAGUGGACUAUCCUCCGCCCUGGAACUCUGAGCAACAAUCCCGGCAAAGGGACAGCUUCCAUCGGGAGGGCACAUUUGAGCAAUCACAUAUCUAAGGACACCCACUUCAAGCUGGCUAUUAACAGUGAUAUUUCCUACAAGCGCGACGAUGUGGCCAAAGUUCUCGCGCUUCUCGCUGAUCGAGAAGACGCAGCUGGUCUGGCAAUCGACUUUGUAGGAGGAGAUACACCAAUCGAAGAAGGUUUGGACGCUUUCAUCAAGAAAGGAGAAACAGACUUCCUGGGAUGA